AUGCGCUUGUGGGCCAAUGAGAAUUUCCGAGGAGGGGGCGGAGAAAGGGGGGGGGGGAGAAAAGUGAAGCUCGGGCAACAGCCCCGGGCGGGGGAGGAAGGGGGCGCACCCCUGACCCACUUUUGCCGACGCCCACCCUCGGCCCCCGCCCCACCGCUGCAAGUCCGAGCCCAGAGGGGGCGAUCGAGCGGGGCGUGGGAGGCCCGCACGCUCCCCACCCCCAGCCGCGACCCGGAGGAGGGCAGCGUGCAAGGCGGCUCGACCCCCCCCCCCACCCGAGUGCCCGCGGCUGGAGAAACCUCCCACAGGCUCGCGGCCCAGGUCUGCAAAGCCCCCUCCACCGCCUGGGCCCCGGGCGCCGCGGCCCCCAGCGGAGGGGAAGGGGACCGAGGAGGGGAAGAAGCUGUAAACAGCCCCAGCGUCCGGGCCUCGCCUCGAAGAGCCCCGCUUCCCAGGCCCCGCCGCGGCCGCCUGAGUCCCCAGCCCGUCCGAGGGACGCCCCUCCCGGGGCCUCGGGGACCGGAGGGGAGUCAGGUCUCCUCCCCAGAGGGCUCCGGCAGCUCGCGGAGCGGUCCCAGCAGCAGAGAAGGGGGAAGUCAGGACUUACCUGUCAUUACUUUCUACGCCAUCUUGGAUCCACUUGUCAACGUCCCCACAAAGCAUUAUGGCUGUCUCCUCCCCUCGGCCGGUAACGUGAUCCGUGACCCUCUAGGUGGGGACCCCUCCCCUAGGAAUGUGGCUUUGGGCACUGCCGUAUCCACCCAUUUGCAGUCCCGGCUGAGAGUGGACUGUGACUUCCUGGGGCAGGUAACUCGGGGGCGCAGGCUGCGGGCUCUGGCCCGGACGGGGAGGCGCGCCAGGGCCCCGGGAGAGUCCGCGAGCGGAGAGAGUCCAGGGCUGGGAGGAGGGUGCGCCCACCGGGGUCCACCUGCCGGGUCCCAGCGGGGCGGCGAGCCCCGGAGGCAGAGCUAGGGGAGGACCGCGGGCGCCACUCCCGCCGGGGGGUUGUGGGGGGACGUCCGGAGUUGCCCGGGUUCGCUUUAAGGAGGGGGCUACGAGACGCGGGGCGAGCAGCCCUGCAGCCCACGCACGCCGGAGGGGCCUCUGCUCCCGCCCGCGGACUCUUUGUAGGGCGCAGAGCUCUGCCCGAUACCCGCCGCCGGCUUUCGAUUGAGCGCGGCGACCACACCACGCGUCCUCACUCAAGCGCAGUGGUCCCAUACCCCCUGAAGCCUCGUAGUCAGUCCCCCAGCUCUUUCCCUUUACGGCGACUCUGGUUGCUUCCCCCCCCCCCGCCCCAUCCCCCACCAAGCAAGCGUUUACAAAGAAGUGUCCAAGGGAGAAUCCUCUAGGACAUCAGUGCUUGUGAAACUGUGUUCCCUACCAAAUGCUGUUCAAGGGCUCUGAAAUUAGAAGAAUGCAUGGGCAUUAAAGCCCUCUUCGGGGCACGGGGAGUGCCUAGGGCCUGGGUCUACCCUAGGGUUUUGCUCUGUUCCAGACCCACAGCCCUCUCUCUCGAGGAACCUAGAUGGAUGCGGACACGAGCCCUGCCCCAGGGAGCAAAAAAAAAAAAAAAAAAAAAAAAUCCACCAGGCAAUUGUCCCGGCCAAAUGAGUAGAAUGAGGUGUAGACUCAUUAAGGGAUUGGCCCGGGGUCAGCCGUGAGGGAGGGAACAAGGUAAUGAGUCACUCCAGGCAAAGAACAAGGCGUGCUGGGGAGGGACCUCCCCUGAGUCACCCACUUCUCUGAGCUUGGGAAACUGAAGCCUGGAGCCAGGUUCUUAGCUGUUGGGCUCAGGCAUCCACAUGGGGCCUGUGGACAAGGGGGCGGGGCCCAGAGGGCCCUCUGUUGUUGCCAUCUGAAUAAUGGCCUUCCCCUCCCAUCUAAAGGAGGCCCCCAAGGUUUUUGGGCUGAUGGGGGGCUCGUGGGGUACAGAGCCAAGAAAGAAUUCUUGAAGACGUCUUUGGUGCAAAACGUGAUUUUAUUAAAGCUGGGGGACAGGAUCCAUGGGCAGGAACAGCUACACUGCAAGUUGGGGAGGGGGGGGGUGACCAUUUUAUGGAGUCGGGGGAGAUAAAGUCCACAGGGAGUUUCCAAAGAGACUUUCACAUGC